AUUGGCCGACGAGACAUUUCGUUUGUCGCGUCCUUCCUUAGAUUUUCAAUUCCUCGGAUAGUAUCGCGUGAAAUUUUGUGUCUAUUUUUGCCUACUGACCGAUUAGCCUCAAGUUUCGAUAGUGAGCGCAAGAAAACGUGUAACAACUUUACAUAUUCGACUCUGAUCGGGGAAGAAAGAAGUAAUCGCACACGCACCACUAUGGACGUGAUAGCAGUGUUCGAGCUAUAAGCUCGUCCUCUCUUUCAUGGCAAACGGUGCAUUCUAGAUCAAUUUAUGGUUUUACCCGAUUAGCCUACUGGUGUGGUGACUUCUUGAGUGCAAUGGCUGUAAAGAUUAAGUGCAUGGUAAUACGUCUUGUAAAUUUGUGAUGUGUUUCAACAUCGGAAAUCGCAUAAAAUGUACACAUUUCGUGCUUUUUUCCUGUUUAUUAAAAUCGUGAUUAAAGUUUUAUAAUGUUGAUAGUCUUGCAUUGAACGCUUUCGGAACAGAUAUUAUAUUAUCUUCUCCUUGAUUCUUUUACAUUCCUAAAAGAAUUGUGAUGACUCGGUCGAGUAUACAGUAAUAACACACAAAAUUCGGGAUAGCCUCUAAUUUUCAUACAAUUCUUAGACAAAUUCUCGGUCGUUGAAUAUAUUCUGCUCCUGACGACCAUACAGAAGGUGCAAAAUAUAUAAAGUAAACGUUUACAUAUUAGUGUUUUGAUUACUUAAUAAAUAAAAUAACUCACAAUGGAUUCUGAAGAGGAGACAUAUGACGAUGUUGAUUCUGGCAACGAAUCUAGUGGAGAUGAUGUCGAUUUUGCUAUGGAAAUUGAAGCUGGAAAUCCAAGGGAGCGGACAAAUGAUGUCGAUGAUUAUCCCUUUGAAGUAUUGUCAACGGAAGAAAUAGUGCAACAUAUGGUGGAUUCCAUUAAAGAAGUCAACACAGUAGUAGAAAUACCGGCAACGACUACACGUAUCUUAUUAAAUCAUUUUAAAUGGGAUAAAGAAAAGUUAAUGGAACGCUUUUAUGACGGUGAUCAAGAAAAGUUGUUCGCAGAAGCAAGAGUUGUUAAUCCAUUUAGAAAGGGUCCAUUAAUAAAUAGAAAUCAAUCCUCUCAAAGUUCUUUGUCCAGAUGGACAUCACCGAACGGUACUGAAGAAUGUGGAAUUUGUUUUACAGUGCAACCAACUGCAAUGAUGACUGGACUGGAGUGUGGACAUCGAUUUUGUACUGGGUGUUGGGGAGAAUAUCUGACAACAAAAAUUAUGGAAGAAGGUGUGGGUCAAACGAUUGCGUGUGCUGCACAUGCAUGUGACAUUUUAGUUGACGAUGCCAGUGUUAUGCGUCUUGUAAAAGACUCUAAAGUGAAAUUGAAAUAUCAACAUUUAAUAACAAAUAGUUUUGUUGAAUGCAAUAGGUUAUUAAGGUGGUGCCCAUCUCCAGAUUGUAAUAAUGCUAUAAAAGUACAGUAUGUAGAAGCGAGGCCAGUAACCUGUAAAUGUGGGCACACAUUCUGUUUUCUUUGUGGUGAAAAUUGGCAUGACCCUGUAAAAUGUCACUUAUUACGUAAGUGGAUUAAAAAGUGUGAUGAUGAUUCCGAAACAUCAAAUUGGAUAGCUGCAAAUACAAAGGAAUGUCCAAAGUGCAAGGUCACAAUAGAGAAAGAUGGUGGAUGCAACCAUAUGGUCUGCAAGAAUCAGAACUGUAAAACUGACUUUUGUUGGGUAUGCCUUGGACCCUGGGAACCGCAUGGUUCCAGCUGGUAUAACUGUAAUCGUUACGACGAAGAGGAGGCUAAAGCAGCUAGAGAUGCUCAAGAAAAAUCGCGAUCCGCGUUACAGAGAUACUUAUUUUAUUGUAACAGAUAUAUAAAUCAUAUGCAAUCAUUAAAAUUCGAAAGUAAACUUUACGCGAGCGUAAAAGAAAGAAUGGAAGAGAUGCAACAACAUAAUAUGUCAUGGAUUGAGGUACAAUUCUUGAAGAAAGCAGUAGACAUUUUGUGUUCCUGUAGGCAGACUCUUAUGUAUACUUACGUUUUUGCUUAUUAUGUGCGUAAGAAUAAUCAAUCUGUGAUUUUUGAAGACAACCAAAAGGAUUUAGAGGGUACCACAGAACGUCUCUCUGAAUAUCUUGAACGAGAUAUUACGAGUGAAAAUCUUGCUGAUAUUAAACAAAAGGUUCAGGAUAAAUAUAGAUACUGCGAUAGUCGGAGGAAAGUGCUUCUAGAACACGUACACGAAGGUUACGAGAAGGAGUGGUGGGACUACGUCGAAUAGAAAUCUGAACCAGCGUUAUUUUUCGGGCGUGUAAGACAAGAUUUCUUCCUUGACACUUUUGCCCCAGCUGUGAUAAAUCGAAAAAGCUGACAAGGAACAAAUAUAGAGCAUGUCACCAAGUGAUUACGUGUUAGAUAUAUACUCGAACGUAAUAUGAUCUGUGGCAACUCAUAAUAACGUUAUGAAUUUUUGAAUUAAUUAAAAUUGAAUCCUAUUACCAUCAGGCUAAAUGUAAAAUACUUUUAUAUUAAUUAAUGAUGCUGAUUUGCGCUUGCUGUGUGCUAUUUAUCGUUGCAUAUUUCAAUCCUUUCUAAACAUGCCUUGUCAAUCAUGUUUUGAAAAUCUCGAAUGAAUUUUAUAAUAUACAAAGACAUCGAGUGGUGAAUGAAGAUACGUAUAAAAGAAAUCGAACAGUGUUCGCUGUCCUGAGAAAAGGUUUAUCGGAAAUUCGCUUAAAAUAUUUUAAUGUCAUAGUAUAUUAAUACAUUGUACCUUUUCAUAUUACUACAGUGAUAUCUCGAAAGGUAUUGUCUGAUCAUUGGAGAGAAUAACUUUUCAAGAGUUUAUCGCGGAGUACAUGAAAAGGCUAAUAUAGAACUACAUAGACCUACCUUAAUCUGUCUUUUAUUCUCAGUCCUGUGCACUCGAUUUAUGAAGGAAUAAUUGAACACAACAUAUUGGUGCAAAUAAGAUUCGUAAAAUGUCUUACCAUUUUUGCUCUAUUUUGGACAGUUUUCGUCCAGGCUUUAACUGCCAAUCUUCAUGAAAACGUGAAUCAAAGUGGACAUGUCGUCAGUAUCAUGUGCAAUCUCUACAUCAAAUUGUAUUCGUUGACCUCUUGCACCAUUUCAUUUUCGUAUACGCAACGUUCAAAUGAAAUAUUGUUUAAACGAUUAUUUCACAUAAAUGUAAAAAUUAAAAAAUAGAAAAAUUGAUACACAUAUGUAAAAAAAUAAAUAUAUUCGAAGUAUUAAUAAAACUAGAACAAUAGUUCCUUGUUUUGUGGCAAAGCUUAUUAAGAAUCAGUAAGGCAAUAUAUAAAGGGGUCCAAUAUUCUUAGAAAUCAACAAUUCGCAUUGUUCUACUCUUUUGCUGUAUUAAAAAUUAACUCAAAUUUAUUAAUAUUAUGUAUACUGGAAUCAAAAGAGGUAUAACAAUAUGCAACAUUCUUAUCUCGUUUAUUUAAACUUAAUGAAAAUUUAUUGAUAUUUUCUGUUUAAUAUUUAAUCGCUACUUUCUUAAAACUUUACUGUUCGAUGUGACACUCUCAUAAUGCUGACGAUAUGUCUCGUACAUCAUUAAUUGAAUAAUUAAUGAUUGAUGUUCACUUACUGUUAUAUAAGUGGGGAACGAAAUAAGAGUCCCGUCUGUACAGUUACAUAGUUAUAUAUUCACACGUAAAUGCAUAGUACAUACUUAUACAUAGUUGUAAUAUCGAUAUUAGCAAACUUAAAGUAGAACAUUUGAAAGUUUAUUAAAAAGAAAUUGUUGAUUCUUAUUAUUAUUCACGUUAGGGAAUAAAGAAUAAAAAGAAAGCAGUUGUUUUCUGUACAGUCACAUGAUCUGAAUAGAAAUAAGAAAACUGUUAGAUAUAUUCACAGGAAAUUAUCCUUUGACUCAUGGCUUCGUGUAUUGUAUGUAUCUUUAUACAUAAUGCAUAAAAUUAUAAACAAUAA